AUGUCAGCGGAGUAUCAUAAUGUCGAGCUUCGUAUGUUUGAUGAGGCCCAGUUCACUUGUCGAACGCUCGGAACUGGAUUGACAGUUGGAUUGAGAAACUCUAAAGUGAUUUCUCUUCGUAGGGAUAAUGAGACCGUCAGGGAAAUCCAUAUUUCCUCUCUGGCUAAUAUAUAUCGUUUCUCACAAAAAACAGUAGCUGUCUGUACGAAAAAAUGCGUCGGGGACGCGGUCUUCACAACUUAUUUGUUGGGGUUCGAUUCUCCAGGGGAUGUCCGUAGCUUCUUAAAUUCUUCCGGUCUACUGAAACCGCUAUGUGUAGAGGACAAGAAAGAGACCCGCACUUCCAUUUUCGAUAAGCGUACUGACUCUUGGUCUGCAGUACAAUAUUUCCAAUUUUACAGUUACAUCAGUCAGCAACAAAAUAUGAUGCAGGACUAUAUUCGCACUUCAACCUACCAAAGAGCUAUUCUCGCAAAUGCUUCCGCCGACUUUCGCGGAAAAGUGGUAUUGGAUGUUGGAGCUGGCUCAGGAAUUUUGAGCUUCUUCGCAAUCCAAGCUGGUGCAACAAGGGUUUAUGCUGUUGAAGCAUCUAAUAUGGCUACUCAUUGUAAUAGUCUAGUUCAAGCAAAUAAAUUGGCGGGACGCAUUGUUGUCAUCAGUGGGAAAAUAGAAGAAAUCACUUUGCCCGAACCAGUGGAUGUCAUUAUAUCUGAGCCAAUGGGUUAUAUGUUAUACAACGAGAGAAUGUUAGAAUCGUAUGUUCAUGCAAGAAAGUUUCUAGCUCCACAUCUUCGACAGCCAUUAAAAAAGAAGCAGAACAGACGUGAGCAUGAACGACUUAAUGAAGAUGAUCAAUCACCAUAUGUCAAACAGUUGUCAGAUUCUGAGCAUUCUGAUGAAGUAUUAACUGAUGAGUUGGACUGUGAAGAUAUUGACAUAGAGGAUCAGGUACAUGAUGGCGCGACAAAAUUAUCUAAUAGAUCAUUACCUUGCCCCGGAAUAAUGUUCCCGUCUGUAGCAAAUUUGUAUAUUGUUCCAUUCAGUGAUGAGGCACUCUUCGCUGAACAGUACGGGAAAGCUAACUUUUGGUAUCAACAGAGUUUUCAUGGCAUGGAUCUAACUGCUCUACGUAAUGCUGCCGUUACGGAAUACUUCAAUCAACCUAUAGUCGACACUUUUGAUAUUGGUAUUUGUCCAGCACUACCAUGUAUACACAAAGUGGAUUUCCGUACUGUAUCCGAAUCCGAACUAAGUUCAAUCGAUAUUCCUCUAAAUUAUCAAAUUACAACCUGUUCUACAAUCCAUGGCCUUGCAUUUUGGUUUGAUGUUGGUUUCUUAGGUUCUCAGCGAGAUGUUUGGUUGUCAACUGCACCAACUGAACCACUUACUCAUUGGUAUCAAGUGCGUUGUCUUAUGGGAACACCAUUAUUCGUUCAAGAAGGUCAGUCACUUAAUGGACGUGUUCUUAUGCAUGCUAAUUCUAGACAGUCCUAUGAUGUUCAAAUCGAACUGAUAGUUCCUGGUAGUGAAACAAAGAUUGUUAAUAGUUUAGAUUUGAAAAAUCCACACUUUCGAUACAAUGGAUAUCCUCCAGCACCACCGCCUGGUUCACAUGUUCGUUCACCGACGGAGACAUAUUAUGCUAAUCUGUGUGCACAACAACAACAACAACAAAUGGAGAUGCAAUCACAAAUUAUGGUCAAUAAUGGUAAUCCUAUAUCAUUGGCUGCAGCGGCGGCUGCGGUUGUCGGUGGCGUUGGUAUGCCUAAUAAUAAUAGCGGACAAAUAAAUUAUCGAAAUAGUCCUGUUUAUACAAUGAAUCAAGCGACUGGAUUUCUUGCUGCCACUGGUUCAAUUCCAAAUGUUGUUCAAACAAUCCCUUUAGCAGUUGCCAACGAUAAUCUAUUACAAAAUCAACCACAUUCUAUGCAAUUAUCUCCUCAGCCAGUUAAUCAAUCUUCACUAGAAUUUGGUCGUUUUAUGACAUCGAAUCAUUCUCAGAUUGCUUCUUCAAUGCUCAGAUCAGUAAACAUUCCUUCAGCUACUCCCGUUAUUGAACCUUUGACAAAUGUUUCUGGCAGUGGAAUUCAUACAAAUGAAUCUGUGUAUUACAACCCUGUUAUUAGUUCGAAUUUCGGAGACUCCUGUUUCGCAAUGAAUAAUGUGGUCAAUCCUAGCAAAAAUUGGAAUUCAGGAAUACAUCAGGAAUAAUUCCGACCUCUUUAUAACCGUAUAGUCGACGGUUAAGAGUGUAUGUAUGUGAGAAUUAAUCAUUAUACAAUCGUUCGUUAUAUGUGGUGUACACAGUAAAACAAUAUCUUAUAUAUAUACAUAAACCUUUGGCAUUUUCGUAAAUUCUGAUAUUUUGAUGGAAAUUGUUUGUUCGUUUUUUUUGUGUGCAUCUAUUUAUCAUUUCUAUCAUAUGUGUUCUCUGUGAGAGUAAAAAUAAGGACGGUUAUAUAGUUUAUGCUUCUAUCUUAUUCACUUCACUAUAUAUACACAUGCAAGCUAAUUCACGCACAAUCUUUAUAGGUAACAUAUUCUCAUUGUUCUUUAUCAUCAUUUACUCUAUCUAUUGUCAAUGAAAUUCCUGGUCAAAUAAUUGAGGAUAAUCAUUGCAAGAAAUGAGAAAAAGAAACUUCCUUAUUUCACUAUCAAUCUUUAUAUGUAAGUGGUCAAUCAAUUUGAACGUUUUUACUUUCUCGUGAUAAGAAAAUCAACCUAAUCACCUUUGUUCUAUCAACUAUAUCGAUGUGCUUGUGUACAUUUGCACAGACCGGAAUAACAAGUGAAUUCAAUGAAUAAUAAACCUAUGUUAUGAACAAAAUAGAACCACUUUCAAUCUUAACAAUAAUGUUACCUAUAAGAAUAAAAGAAGUUCUUGUUAACUAUGAUCUGAUGGAGCGUGUUUUUUUCUUCUUCUUGUGUGUUAUAUCGCUUGGAACAAUUUUUCUCUCACUACUGUAGCUGGUAUUUGUUUGUUUGUUUUUCAUUACUAGUCAAUCUCUUCUUUCUUAUGUACCAUUUUGAUAUAUGCAAACAUCCAUAUAUAUAUAUAUCCAUAUUCAUUUUAUUGCGAUCAAUGUAAAAAAAAAUGUAUUUAUUCAAAAUGCCUUUGGUUGGUUCACAAAAUCAUAAGAUGGUGGAUGGAUAAGAUUUCAAGUUGUUGUAGUUGCAGUUGAAUCGACAACUGCAUCUCUGUGCUAAUGUGGUAUGGCAACUCGAACUGAUGUACGUAAGUACAAAGUUGUACGUUGUUACUGACCGUAGUUGCAGUUCUCUGGGUUGAUUAAUCCAGUUUCGUUAUUCAUAAUCACUCUUUUAUGAAUAAACUUGAUGACUUUUGUGUUGACAGUUAGUCAAUUGUUUGUUGAACAAUAGAUACUGUUUAAUGACAAGCGCACAUAUUUCAUGAUCAUUAUUGAGUAUUAAGGGAUUUAAUUGACAAUUCUAUUGUUUUACUCUAAUAAUUAUCAGUAUCCGAUCUAUCAAAACCCAAGUAAACAAAUAUCUUCAUUAUCAUGUAAGAAAUAGAUCCAUUUUAAAAUGUUCAACGAUGAGAGUAGUUAUAGGUUUCCAAUAUUGAUAGGCGAGAUAAUAUGAUAUGAGUGCUAUAUAUCGUAGAUUUUUUUGCUUAUCCAAAGCUUUAAAGUUUAUUGUUGAAUGUAAAACAGCUAUGAAAAACCAGAAGCAACAUGUUGACAGUUUGAUUUUAUCAGAUGGGUUUUGUGGAUAUUAUAGUAAUUUCAAUGAUUAAGAUGAUGAGUCAGUUGAAGCUAGACUACUAUGGAAAACCUGGAAGCACUGGACGGCCGUUUCGUCCUAUUGUGGGACUCCUCAGCAGUGCGCAUCCACGACCUCGCCCUCUGCGAGAUUCGAACCCAGGACCUACUGGUUCCGCGCGCGAGCUCUUGAACGAAGAGCUGGCGAUCACUGUCUUGAAUAUUUGAGUAGGUUUCCUUGAUGCACCGUCAAAUUCCAUUGGUAUUUUAGGUUAAAGAAUUAUUUAUUUUAAAAAUAAUUUUUGUUAACAAAACUACAGAUCAUUAUGAAGCUUUAUUCAACGAUUUACGCAAAUAAAUUCUUAUUUCAUAUAUUGCUGGGAUGAAUUCAUUUUGGGUACAUUUCGCAUUGUAUAAAACUACUGACGAAAUUGUAAUUGCGACGCAUUAUCGAUUAAAUCUUCUUACAAUACGAGUAAAUCUAUUUCGUCAUUAUUUGGUACUCAGCAGUAGACAGUGAAGUUCUUUCACCAGAACGACUUUAAAACAUUCACUUCUCGAGCUUAGCUUGACGUCGUUAAAUCGUUGGCUCUGGUUGUUCACAUUAUUGACUUAACAUUAGAUUGCCUUGAUCAAUAUUGUAAGCGAACUCAUUGAUGGUAUCAGUCAUCUCUGCAUAUUACUAAAUGACAAAGUCCAACAUAUCCACUACUGGUUAUUGAGUAGUUUGAUGCUGAUACACAUGUACAUUGUGUCCCCUAUCAUGUUGGUUACUGUGCCCUCUUCAUCAGUGAGUAGCUGAUUGUUGUCUAGGAUUUUUUCGUUUUCAAUAUUAUGCUAGUUCAUUGAUGUGUGGGCGUAGGUGAUAAUGAUUGGUUGUUUGCAUAGUCAGACAGGUGUGUCAGAUGAGUUAUAUAUUCCCCUAUCCUUAUUAUUAUCACUUAUUAUUGAUUGUUCAUUGUUGUUAGAUUGUGUCAGGUUUUUAGUGUGGAAAUAUAUUUACGUUGUGGCUAACCACUUGUUCUUGAUCUGAGUUGUGUUCAAGACACUGGGAUGGAAUCUAGUGUAGAUAUUCGUCUUAAGUAAAUUAACGUCCCAUACAUGUAAAUGUGGAAAAAUUAACCGUUAUAACAUUAGACAAAGUAAAACCGAGCAUUAUAACAUUCAUAUUGAUCGACAGUAAAAAUUAAGUUCUAAAUGUGAGUUUUUAACUUUUAUUUUUAAGCAAGAAACAUAUGAAUGUCUUAAUGAUGUUGAGUUUUGUUUCCAAGUAUAUUAAUAUACAAUUGAACAUGUUUUAAUUUAAACUACACUGAAGUGUAAAACUGUUGUUUGCUUAUUGAUCGUAUCAAAUUGUAAUUUUCAGUCUUAUUUAUUUAUUUCACAAAAAAAAAAACAUUGAUGUGAAUCGUCAGAAAGUUUUUCUCUAGAAAUUGAAAUUCGAUUCUUUCUUAGAAUCAAUGUUGACAAUGUUACUGAUUCUUAUUUUGUAAAUUUGAAUUCAUGUCUCUUUUUACACGUGAAACUUUUGCACGAAAGUUGUUCUUCAUCGUGAUAAAAGGUGUUGUUUUCAUAUUGAUCUGUAUCUUUAGUGCUUAGAAUUUUUCACUCUUUUCUGAGAGUUGCUGUAACUGUAAUAUAAUGCUUGAAUCAAUCUUACUUAAUCUCUAACAAUAAAGUUUUCUUUCAAGCUUAUCUUUUGAAAUAAUUAGGGUUAGGUAGGACAAAAAUUAUGGUACCCAGUUAUCGAAGCGUAGUUAGGAGUUAUUGUUACAGUGGUCUUGAAUGUUGUUACAGGUAUGAGAGUGGUUAUCAAUUCCCGGUUGCCCACACCCUGGAAGAGUUCUUUUCGAGAUACAUGGAAAACAAAUUGGGUUAGAGUUUGUCUUAAUGACCAAAGAGCGUAACUGUAUUUUCAAGGGACAAUUGCUUGAGACCAGUCACACGACCUUUUUGUGGGAGGUUUGCAUGUUAGCUCCGUACUUGUUGUGACCUUACCGCUGGAGUUGGAAAUCCAUAAGAUAAGGCGAGGUGUGCAUUUUUGUGGGAAGGCAGCAUCAUUGUCAUGCUGGUUGUCUGAGGGGAAGACCUUAAUGCCGUCACACAACUGUACAGUCAGCAGUACGACUUCGCCAUUGGGUUUGCUGUUUUCAGUCUUACCAUUCUUCAACCGACCUGCCUGAUAUGGUAAGACGUAAAUGAACAUGUGUUCUAGCCAAUAUAGG